AUGGCUGUUGACAAUGACAAGAACUCGGAGCUCUUCACGCUGACCUACGGGGCGCUGGUCACCCAGCUCUGCAAGGACUACGAGAACGACGAGGACGUCAACAAGCAGCUCGACAAGAUGGGUUACAACAUCGGGGUGAGGCUCAUAGAAGACUUUCUGGCCCGGUCCAACGUUGGGAGGUGCCACGAUUUCCGUGAAACUGCAGAUGUUAUUGCAAAGAUAGCAUUCAAGAUGUACCUGGGCAUCACUCCAAGCAUCACCAACUGGAGCCCUGGAGGUGAUGAGUUCUCCCUGAUCUUGGAAAAUAACCCCUUGGUGGACUUCGUUGAGCUCCCUGACAACCACUCCUCUCUCAUCUAUUCCAACCUUCUGUGUGGAGUGCUUCGAGGGGCCCUGGAAAUGGUGCAGAUGGCUGUGGACGUAAAAUUCGUCCAGGACACACUGAAGGGUGACAGUGUCACAGAGAUAAGGAUGAAGUUCAUCCGGAGGAUUGAAGACAAUCUCCCAGCUGGUGAAGAGUGA